CAACAACCGGUGCAUACGAACACGAACGAGCGAAGUGACGCGGUUAUGUACGGAAAACAAUCGCGUCGUACGCGGAAAACAUCUUCAAACAUGUAAGAAUCCGUAAGCGCGAGUGCUGUCGCAGUCGAAUUUUACGUUUAUUUUUGUUCUGCGAGAAGCCAGCGAAAACCGUAACGUCGUUUCCCGAGCCCGUCGUUGCGUUUACGAGUCAGGUUUUGUCGUCGGUGACGUACGGUUUUUUCGGAGCACCGAGGCCAAACACGAAUCGACGCACGACGAUGAGCGCGAACAACGUGCAGGCACUCUUCGCGUGUUCCAGAUGCUUUUCGAGGCAUCCGUUCGAGGAGCUUUCCCCGGGACAGCAGUUGUGCAAGGAGUGCAGAGGUGCAUUCCCUGUGGUGAAAUGUACGUAUUGUAGGUCAGAAUUCCAGCAAACGAUAAAGGGUAACACGAGUACGAUAUGUAAAAAGUGUGAGCAGAAUGUGAAGUCUUACGGUAAACCGUCGGCCUGCGAGUAUUGCAAUACCAUAGCUGCGUUUAUCGGCAGUAAGUGUCAACGUUGUACAAAUUCCGAGAAACGGUAUGGACCACCAGUCACUUGCGAACAAUGCAAACAGAAGUGUGCCUUUGACAGACAGGACGAAGAUAAAAAGGUCGAUGGAAAAUUGUUAUGUUGGCUGUGUACCCUGUCUUACAAACGAGCGUUGGCGAAAACGAAACAGUCGGACGCGGACAGAAGGGCACACUUGAAACUGGCACAGCAACGGGCGGCGAAACACAAAGAACAAAAAUUGAAAGGUCACAAUAAAAGACCGCACAGAGUGGACGUUACGAAACUACCGCCCCAACCGGAAAUCGCGGAGACGAAUGGCCCUACUCCGGUGAAAGUGGCGAGGAUGGUCGGUGCCCACGAUCCUCAUGAUCCGAACAGUUCGGACCAUGUGGUCGCGGUCACGCAACUCAAAGAAAAAAUAGCCCACCUUCAAAAACAAAUCACGAUCAAGGACGGGCAGUUACUUGCUAAGGAUAGACAGAUAACGGAAUUGAAGGCGAAAAACUUCACGUCGGAAACGGAGCUGCGCAACAAAAUGAAGGCCACGGAGAAGGAGUACGAGAACAAGGUAUCGACGAUGCAAUUGAAGAUCUCCACAUUGUUGAAGGAGGUUGCCUCGUUGUCGAAGAGUUCGAAACGGGGCGACAGACUGGCUGCCACGAAAACGGAAGCCGGGACCAACAGUGGAAGCGGAACAGACAGUCCUGUACCUUUCUAAGGCAAGGUAGGGAAUCGAGGCAAUCUACGGAAUGACAAUCGACGAAACGUCACUGGAAACCAUCGCCCGCGAUUCGAGAUUGCACUUCGAGCGUAAUAAAAAAAUAUACUUGCAACAUCGAUCCGUUCAUCGUUAACACUUCUGCGACCGAGGCCAGGAACACCGCCAGGCGUCUUCUAGAACAACGUUUCUCAGACCGGCUUCAAGCACCGAGCCGCGUGAUCAUUGUCGAUAGGUCGUGCAGCGAUUCUCGUCAGCUCCGAACCCUUUGGUACACGAAUUAUUAUUAUUUUCGGCGAUCCGUAGAGCCAUCGGACGCAACCACCAGAAAGUGUGUGCAUCCUCUUUGAAUUUCCACGAGUUUUGUCUCGGAACGUUCUCAAUUUUAUCAAAGAACAUGGUUCCUUGACUGUAAUUUUGAAGACUAUAGUAUCCUCCGUUUCUGGAAAGGCUGUUCUAGGACCCUUCGGGUCGCCAAUAGUCCAAAAAGUAUCGUUUGUACGUCCAAGAUGGCGAAAGUGUUAAGUCCGACGAUCGUUAAUGUACAUCUGUGUUCUGUUCAACGGGUAGAAAAACGAACGUAGAAUUUCCUCUGGUAUAUACCGCAGGUCUCUGUUUCCAGUGUCGUUACCGCGGCAUAGAUUUCAUAUGCAGGCCUAGACUCGCCACCGGACGUCAACACCGUAGAAUCGAAGCGCGAUCAGUCCUCGUGUUUUUCACUUUUUUCCCUUCGCCUCCACGGUCUCGACGGCGUUGGUCGUCAGCGUCCCGCGCGUAUUUCUCGACGAAUAGACCGCUAACAGCGUGUGUAAUUUUCACGUUUUAGGCAUGAGGCAUUCGGUAAAACGCCGCGAGUCUUCCACGUUGCCUGUUUACGUAACCGCAGAACAAAGUUCGGCGUGCGAAGGCCUUGUCGAAGGAUUCACUCCUCCCUGACGACCCUUUACGUUUCUUUUCUUUUUUUUUUUUUCGUUUCUUUUUUCUUUUCUGUAUAUUUUCGCGUUUCGCUGCAAUGGGGAAUUAAAAACACACGCACACGUACACUCUUGCGCGCACCCAUUCGCUCUUUCUCUUCUGCUUCUUUCUUUUUUUUUUUUUUUUAAAGCUGCCUUAAAACUUACGACGCGGCGAAGUUAACGUUUCCCGAUAAGAGAGAUUCGAAAGCUGAAAAGGGUGACGGCGGAGCAAUGGAAGAUACCAACUUAACCGGAAAGAAAAUGAGAAAAUAGAAAAAAAGAAAGUGAAAUAGAAAAACGACUUCAGUUCCGUUAGAAAUCUUACGACGAGCACCAUGACGUUUGCAGGAACCAUAGAAGUUGUCGCGUUCCAAGCUAAACGGAUAGACGACGGAUGUGUGUGUGUGUGUGUGUGUGUGUGUGUGUGUGUGUUAUACUUCGGUUGCUUUGGAUUUCAUUUCAGAGAAAUUCUGUCUGUGUGUGUGUGUGUGUUUAUUUUUAUUUUUUUUUCCGUUCUUUGUUCUCCCCUGCUUUGUCGAAACUGAGGCUUCGGAAAAAGGAAGAAGUUAUCCCAGGUUUCGUGUUCCUGUUUUUCUGGAUCGUUCGGCUCUUGGAAUCGUAUAUCGCGAUGCGCGCGUAGCUUCUUUAAAAUUCAUUUCUUUUAGACGAUCGAUGAUCGUGCUUAUAUCAGUCUGCGAUACAUCGUUUGCGUCGCCGUCGGCGUCGAGCGGCGCUUCGUCUAUGCGAAAAGUCGCUUGGAAGCAGGGCUUGGGACCGUUUCGAUAUUUUAUAGCUCGUUGUUCGAUGAUUGAUCGGUAUUUGAACGGUAGUUGAAAGUAUUCGAAUGACCAAUGCUUUGAGUAGAUAAGCAUUCGAAUGCCUGAGUACUCGAGUAGACAAGCAUUCGAACGUUCAAUAACCUUCCCGUAUUCGAAUCUAGCAAACUACUCGAGCUUUAUUCGAGUCCCAAAGGCCCAUUUGGUUAGACGCCAGCGAAUCGCCGUUCGACGAUCGACCGUUUUCGCAUGUCUAAUGGUAGGCUGCGCUUUUUCAGUUAUCUCGACUGUCGACUAUCGCGGCGCUUAAAACUUAGUGGAAGUACGAACAGUGGCGAAGUAUCCCACGCGAAAUUGGAAGAUACGAAAUCGCACAAAAGAUGGGUAUCCAGCGUGGAAAAGAAAAAUUUUAGUAACUCCCGUCGAUCACAGUAGCGUUUUCUAAAACGUUCCUAGGUCUAGAUGUUCUCUUUGCGUGCUGGUCGUUUACCUUUGAAUCGAUAAUUGCGAGGGAAAGGCUCGAGCGGACCUUAUCUUUUGAUUAUACACGAAAAUAUCCACGAGACGCAGCCGUUGUAUCAGGAUUCCUCCCUCUUUAACCCCAUUUUUGACUAGAUUUCCCGCGAAUUACUCUUCCACCCUCGAGGCGUGCCCGUGUUUAGUGUGCGCUUUCGAUUGUUCCCGAUUAGAGAAUCGCGCCCGAGUCUUCGAACCACCGAAAGAAAUAAUUCCCUCUUUCUUUCGAAACGAUUUUUCAAGAGAUCGUUCCUCGUCGUAUGGAAAAUUGUGGUCGGCUCGACGAGCCCAAUCCCUUCGUCCCUUUCUGGGAUUAAUUUGUGCGCGAUCGCGAUUGGAUAAGACAGAUAAGGGAACGUUUCUUCGUUAGAGUACGAUCAACCAUGCCGAUUAAAAUCACGGAUCCUCGUAUUAUCGUUUCGCCGGAUCGACGACGAUGGACGACGAAACCGUUCGAAACGAGAAGAAUAGAAAGAUAGGCGGAGGCAUGUGUGUACGAGCUGUGCGCACCUAGUCACCGAUGCUUAAAUACUCGGAACAGCAUUCGAUCUUUGGAAAGGAAAUCCUGUUUUGUAUCCAUACAUUUGUUUCGUUCACUUCGAUUUUUUAAAUCUGAAUGCUACAAGAAAUCAUCGUUCAAAACCACUUGUCAUCUUUCACUGGUAAUAAUCCAUAUAAAAAUUUGAAGAUCUCCAAAAAUUAAUCAGUUUGCUACGAAUUUCAUUCCACCUGUCCAUAUGCACGAAAAAGUUGGGUUACUUUAAAAAUCGAUGCUCUAAGCAUUCACCGAGGUAUAGGUGAACGCGCGCGUGUGUACGCGUGGAGGGGGUGAAAGAAAGAAUUGAAAAAAUCAGACUAUGCUUUCCGUUUCGAAAAUUCCACGAUAAAAGAACGCCUAAAAAAUAUAUAUAUACACACACAUAUAUAUUUAUAUUAAUAUAUAUAUA